UUUGUAAAUAAUAUUAAAUUUACUUUUUCGUUCGUUCGACACGUAACGUACACACAGAUUAAUCGUUAUACAGAUUCCGAGCGUGAAACAUGACAUCGAGUGAUUUAUCCAACUGUGACAUCAGAAUAAAGGAAGAACCUAGUGAGGUUUCGCCUAUCGAAAAUGAUUACGAUGUUAUUGACCAGAAACCGGAUGUUAAACAUUUUCAGUUCUCCAUAUUUCCACAAGAUAAUAGAUCAACCUAUGGGCUUCGAGAAUGUGACGGAAAUCGGGAAAUUGAACUUGACGCUGUGGAAAUAGAGUUCGAGUGUAUAGACAUGAAGCCUGGCACGAAUUUUCUGAAUUACGCUCACAAAACAAAUGAUAAUAAUUUUUAUGCAUCUCAAAACAUAAUUAAAAAAGAAACUCUUGGAGAAGUGAAAAAAGAAUUUGACAGUGACGUUGCAGAGAAGUUAGAUUUGAAUUCAGAUUGCGAAUUUCAAGAGCAAAAUAAAAUUAAAAGAGCUGCAAAUAAGUAUAAACAAAGACUCGAAAUACGCAUGCGUAAAGAUACAACCUACACAUGUGAUAUUUGUAGAAAGAAAUUUUCACAUAAAGGGAGUCUGAAUCGGCAUGUCCAAUCAUUGCACCAAGGUAUCACCUGCACAUGUGAUACAUGCGGAAAAAAAUUUUCACAAAAAGGUAAUCUCCAAAUCCAUAUAGAUGCGAUACACAAUAAAAUCACCCAUCCUUGCAGUAUAUGUAAACGGAAAUUCUCAGAUAAGAGUAGUCUCAAAAGGCACAAAGAUUCGGUACAUCAUGGUUUCAGGCAUGCAUGCGGUAUAUGCCAAAAGACAUACAAUCAAAAGGGUCAACUCAAUAGUCACAUACAAUCAUCGCACCAAGGUAUCACCCACACAUGUGAUAUUUGCAGCAAGACGUUUGCUCGAAAAUAUGAUCUUAAAAGGCAUGUAAAAUCUUCGCACCAAGGUAUCACUCACACAUGUGGUUUAUGCGGAAAAAUGUUUACUCGAAAAUCUGAUCUUAAAAGGCACGUAAAAUCUUCGCAUCAAGGUAUCACCUACACCUGCGAUGCAUGCGGAAAGAAAUUUUCAAAAAAAAGUAAUCUCCACAGCCAUAUCGAUGCGAUACACAAUAUAAUCACCCAUCCUUGCAGUAUAUGCGGAAAGAAAUUCUCACUUAAGAGUAAUCUCAGAAUGCACGUACAAUCUUCGCACCAAGGUAUCACCCACGCAUGUGAUAUUUGCGGCACGACGUUUACUCGAAAAUCUAGUCUUAAAAGGCACGUAAAAUCAUUGCACCAAGGUAUCACCUGCACGUAUGUGAUACAUGCGGAAAGAAAUUCUCAAAUAAAAGUAAUCUCAUAAACCACACCGAUUCGGUGCACGAAUGUAUGACCCGUACAUGUGAGAUGUGACUCUCAAAAUCUACAUUCAUGAAGUGUUGAUUGGUAUUAGACUAAUGCGAUAGUUGUAGAAAAUAUGCACACGACAGGGACAUCUGAAAAUGUUCAUUGACUAUGAUAUCAUGGGUUCGAUCUAUGUUAUUUCAUUAUGUAUAAACGAUUUUCAAGUUUUCAAAAA